GUCUUGUGAUCGAACAGCUGAAGAGACAAGGGUUGCGAGAAGGAUUGGAAGUCAAAUUUUUCGAGUGAAAUUAUUUCCAUAUAAGCUAGCGUGAGAUUUUGACAAUAAUCAUGGUGGACCGUGCGAAUAUCAAACAGAUGAUACCAACGCUGCCAGAUGAAAAAAUUGAUAUGCUGGCAGCUACAAGCGUGCUCCAACAACAAGCUGCUGAUAUUAGAAACCAACGAAUUAAUUGGCAAUCAUAUUUGCAAUCACAAAUGAUAUCGAAAGAAGACUAUGAUUUUAUAGCAGCUUUUGACACAAGUGAUGCUAAAGCAAGGGAAAGUAAGCUAUCAGAGAAUCCACAUCAGGCAGCUAAAACGUUCCUUAAUUUGCUUGGUCAUGUUUCAAAGGAUCAGACAAUUCAGUAUAUCCUCACGAUGAUUGAUGACAUGUUACAGGAGGAUCGCAGUCGCGUGGAAAUCUUCCGUGAGCAUUCUACUCGAAAACGAGAAUCAGUUUGGGGACCAUUCCUCAAUUUGUUGAAUCGGCAAGAUGGUUUUAUAAUGAAUAUGACAUCGCGCAUUAUAGCCAAGUUAGCUUGCUGGAGUCAUGAUCUCAUGGAAAAAACUGAUCUACAAUUUUAUUUGACAUGGCUCAAGGAUCAACUGAAACUUAGCUUUGAUGCCCUGCAGGAUCACACAGACUUGCAUGCGGGACUAGAACAAGAUACUGCUGUGGAUCAGGCCAAGGAGGCCAAUGAACUGCAUGAAUUACUCAACCCGAACAAUGAGUACAUUCAAUCCGUGGCACGAUGUCUACAAAUGAUGCUUCGUAUAGAUGAAUAUCGCUUUGCAUUCGUAUCCGUCGACGGAAUUUCAACUCUUCUUAGUGUUCUGUCUGGAAGGGUGAACUUCCAAGUGCAGUAUCAGCUUAUUUUCUGCCUGUGGGUACUUACUUUCAAUCCUCUGUUGGCGGAAAAGAUGAACAAGUUCAAUGUUAUACCCAUUCUUGCUGAUAUACUCAGCGACUCAGUCAAAGAAAAAGUAACACGUAUCAUACUCGCGGUAUUCAGAAAUUUAAUUGAAAAAGUGGAAGAUGGACAGGUCGCUAAAGAACAUUGCAUCGCUAUGGUGCAGUGCAAGGUGUUGAAGCAACUUUCGAUAUUAUGCCAACGAAAGUUCGACGACGAAGACAUCUCCGAUGAUAUCGAGUUUCUUAACGAUCAAUUGCAAGCGUCCGUGCAGGAUCUAAGUUCAUUCGACGAAUAUUCGACGGAGGUUAAAUCCGGUCGUCUGGAAUGGUCUCCCGUUCACAAGUCGGGCAAAUUCUGGCGCGAGAACGCCAGUCGUCUUAACGAAAAAAAUUACGAACUCUUGCGGAUUCUGGUGCAUCUACUGGAGACCAGCAAAGAUCCACUCGUCCUCAGUGUUGCCAGUUUCGAUAUAGGCGAAUAUGUGCGCCACUAUCCGCGUGGCAAGCACAUAAUUGAACAACUUGGUGGAAAGCAGCGUGUAAUGCAGCUUCUCGGGCACGAGGAUCCUAAUGUCAGAUAUGAGGCCCUUCUUGCUGUACAAAAACUCAUGGUACAUAAUUGGGAGUAUCUUGGGAAACAGUUAGAGAAGGAACAAACGGGUGCAUCCGGAGCACCUUCCAGUAAGCCUGGAACACAAGUGCCAGCAAAAGCUUAAACACUCGCACAACUUGUAUAAAAUAUAAAUUUUCUGCUCUGCGGAAAGUAUAAGAGUAUUAUAGUUCGUGUAUGAUAUGAUAAUUCGAAAUAUUUACAUUCCCUUCCAUCCCAUUGUAAAAAAAAA